GGGAACCAUAACGAUCAGCACGAAUUCAUGAAUGCUGAAUUACUGAUAACUGAUCAUGGGGUUGUUCAAUCAACAAAUUCCCUCCACCACCGUGUCAACAACCACAUUUCUCUGUUAGUUUCCUGAUCUUCUUUUACCAUUUUCCUAUUCCAAGUUUGAUCGAUUGCCACUGAAUGAAUCUUCCCUAUUGCGGACCUUAAUGAUGAACUGAAUGAAUAAGAGCUCAGCAACUUGUGUUCGUGUGUGUUUCAUCUUAAAUGGCGGCAAUUCUGGACAAUCAAAGCUUCUCAAGCUCGUUUUCUCUUCAAAACCUGGAUACUCAUGAACGUAAUUCCCCUAAAAUCGAGAGGUUUCACAGGUUUCGUAUUGAGAUGCAGAAGAGAGAAUCAAAAUCCCCCAUGAAAAGUGGCAUCAAUGGUAAACCUAAUGGAAAACCCCUAAACAUGGAUCGUAUCCCAAUACCCAUGGUUCCUAUAACCGAAGCAAUGAAGAAGAUGACUCAAUCUGAAAAACGACCAGUAAUUCUUACCAGAUUAACACAGAUUGUUAAUAGAGAGACCACUUCAGCCAUUGAAGUUAAAAAACCUUCAAUCGAAGGAUCAAACAUCUUGCCAUCAGAUGAAAGCUUUAGCUGGGCAAAUGAGAAUUACAAUCCAGUUCAAAGAACAUUAGAUUUAUGUUCUUUCGUUAUUUCCCUCCAUCUUCGUCUUCUACUCAACAACUCAAAAUGGUCAUACCCUAGAGGCUUCACAGAAAUCAAACAGAAAACCAGAAGAAAAAAAACCGCAUCAUGGUUAAGAGAACGUGUGUUGCAACUUGGUCCAACUUUUAUAAAGAUUGGACAAUUAUCAUCAACAAGAUCCGAUCUAUUUCCACAUGAAAUCAUACACGAACUUGCUAAGUUACAGGACAGAGUUCCUGCCUUUUCAUCAACAAAAGCAAAGUGUUUGAUUGAGAGAGAAUUAGGAGCUCCAGUUGAUGAACUGUUCAAGGAGUUUGAAGAUCAACCAAUUGCAGCUGCUAGCCUAGGUCAGGUACAUAGGGCUAUACUGCAUAAUGGAGAGAGGGUAGUUGUGAAAGUUCAAAGACCUGGUCUCAAGAAGCUUUUUGAGAUUGAUUUAAGAGUUUUGAAGCUAAUUGCAGAGUAUUUUCAUAGAAAUGAAAUUCUUUGUGGUCUGACAAAGGACUGGAUGAGGAUCUAUGAAGAAUGUGAAAAGAUUCUAUACCAGGAGAUUGAUUAUGUAAAUGAAGCCAAAAAUGCUGAAAGAUUCCGUCGGGAUUUUCGUAAUAUUAAGUGGGUCCGUGUGCCUCAAGUUUUCUGGGAUUAUACUGCAAUGAAGGUGCUUACAUUGGAGUAUGUUCCAGGAAUUAAGAUUAAUAAUUUAGAUGCGAUAGAUAAAAAGGGUUACAAUCGAUCUCAAAUUUCUUCACGUGUAAUUGAAGCAUACCUAAUUCAGAUACUGAAAACGGGUUUCUUUCAUGCUGAUCCUCAUCCUGGAAAUCUUGCUAUUGAUGUUGACGAAUCAUUAAUCUAUUACGAUUUUGGGAUGAUGGGCGAGAUUAAAUCUUUAACAAGAGAUAAAAUAUUCGAUCUUUUUUAUGCUGCUUACGAAAAAGAUGAAAAAAAGGUUAUGAAUAGUUUAAUAAAUCUGGGAGCGAUUCAACCUACUGGAGACAUGUUAGCAGUGAGGAGAUCUGUGAAGUAUUUUAUGGAAAAUUCAAUAAAUCAAAUGCCAAAUAAGCACACGAAUUUAGCUGCUAUAAGUGAGGAUUUAUUUGCUAUAGCAACAGAUCAACCUUUUAGAUUUCCAGCCACCUUCAUCUUUGUAAUGAGGGCAUUUUCAACCCUUGAAGGAAUUGGUUAUACACUUGAUCCAAAAUUUUCUUUCAUCAAGAUUGCUGCACCUUAUGCACAGGAAUUGUUGUACCUCAAACAAACACAACACACUGGAACACAACUUCUCCAAGAAAUACAAAAACAAGCUGAUAAUGCAAGAUCAUACACCAUGUCAAUGCCUUACAGAGUCCAACACAUUGAAGACUUCAUCAAACAAAUUGAAACCGGAGACCUUAAACUUCAUGUCAGAGUCCUAGAGUCUGAAAGAGCAGCUCAAAAGGCAACAAUAUUGCAAAUGGCUACCAUGUAUACAGCUAUCUGGUGUAUGCUUAUUAAUCUUGGUGUUAUAUUAACCAUUCAUGGAAACCUAUUUUUAGCAAAUGGAUCAUUUAUUAGUUCAGGUUUUCUUCUAGUGUUAUUUCUUAUGUCUAUGCAUAGGGUAAAAAUGCUUGAUAAUUUCAAAAAUAUGAUUUAA